UAUGUUAUAAGUUUCAACGCAAACACAUAAAGCUAUCUAUCUAUCUAUAUAUAGUAUCUACCUUUGUGACUCAAAUCAAAUCCAACAAACAAUUUAAUCAUCAUCAUCAUCAUCAUGGAGAAAGAUAAACAAAGUAAGCUAAGGAACAAGUUCAUGAAAGCAAUCACAAUAACAUUUCAAAACGCUCCUUUCAGUCCAGGAAGAGAUCACAAAUUUAGAUCAGAAAAUAGUAAUACAAAGUGGGGUGCAAAAACUCAUGCUGUUGGUAAGGGUUUUUCUGGACCUAUGGUUACUAUGAUUCCAUAUGAAGCUAGAAGAAAACCUAAAGAUGGUGGUGGCAAUGAAACUCAAGAACCCACUUCACCAAAGAUUUCUUGUAUGGGACAGAUCAAGCAUCACAAGAAGAAAAAUAUUCCAAAACCCAACAAAGAUCUCUUCACUCCAAAGGUGGAUACUGAGGUAAAGAGAUCCAAGUUUCAGAGGAUUUUUUCGCAGAGGUCUAAAGCAAAAUUUGCGGAAAGGAAAUCAGAUGGUUCUGGAUUUGUUGAUGAAGGGAACAACAAAGCACCGCCUAUGGGUGAUAUGAGGAGAUUUGCAAGUGGACGUGAGGCUUUUUCUAAAUUUGAUUGGAAGGCAGUGAUUGAGCCUGAAGAAAUUGAUCAAAGGGAAUGUUUUACUGAUGGAGAGGAUGAUGAAAUUUUGAUUCCAUUUUCUGCACCUAUUUUAGGUGUUGGUGGAAAUACUACUGGUACAUCUGAUUUCAAGUUUAAGCCAAGGAAUGAAAUUAAUCUUUGGAAGAGAAGAACAAUGGCUCCACCUAGGCCUCUUCAGUUGAAUCCUGUGCUUAAAGCUAAAUAAAUUAUCAUUAUUCUUUCAUUUUUAUUUACUUUCUUCAAAUUGUAGAUUAUUUCUAUUUUCUUCUAUCUAUAUAUUUUUUUUCCUUUGGUUGCACAUCUAAUAGGUUUACGUGCCAAAUAUGUAUGAAUAUUGGUUUACUGUAUAGAAAUUAUAGCCUUUUGGUUAAACUCAGAUUCAAGUAAUCAACCCAGAUCAUA